AGGGCCCAGAUCGGGGCAGCUGGCAUCAGUUACUCGUGGCCAGAGUAAAUGGAAAGAUCAAGUGAAAAGCCUACUUUCAGUGGUCUGAAAAUCAAGUUGAUGUUUGACAAGAAACUGUGGAAGAACAUAUGAACGCAAAGUCCUCGACAGCAGAACACUAAUUGUGAUAAAAACACCCAAAUUGUGAUAAGCGAAUUAAGCAAAGUGCCAAAAACUCGAUCACGCCAGUAACGCGAAAUUCAAAUACUAUCAAAAAUAUUCCAAACUUUUUUUCGAGAGAAAUUCACAAAAUACAACACCACCAACAUGCCUGAGCUCAUCGAACAAAGCAAAAUUAUCUCCGGCAACGUGUGCGGUCUGCCCCAGUUGCACAAGCUGCGCCAGGACAAUUGCGGUCUGUACAGCCACAUCCGUGGCAUUCCCAUCUCCUAUGGAAAUGUGGACUCGCUGACCGCCGGUGUGCGCGCCUUCGUGGAGGAGGGAAUCGCCAUGUGCCAGCCCGACCAGGUGCACAUCUGCGAUGGCAGCGAGCAGGAAAACAAGAUGCUCAUCAAGAGCCUGCUGGAGGCGGGCACCAUUGUGCCGCUGCCCAAGUACGACAACUGUUGGCUGGCGCGCACCAAUCCGGCGGAUGUGGCCCGUGUCGAGUCGCGCACGUUCAUCUGCACCGAACGGCGGGAGGAGACGAUUCCCACCCCGGUGGAGGGCGUCAAGGGAACGCUGGGCAACUGGAUCUCGCCCAGCGACAUGGAGGCUGCAGUGCAGCAGCGCUUCCCCGGCUGCAUGAAGGGGCGCACCAUGUACGUGGUGCCCUUCAGCAUGGGCCCUGUGGGCUCACCGCUCUCCAAGAUCGGCAUCGAACUCACGGACUCCGCUUACGUGGUGGCCUCCAUGAGGAUCAUGACUCGCAUGGGCGCCGCUGUUCUGCGCCAACUGGCCAAGAAGGAGGAGUUCGUCCGCGCCCUGCACUCUGUGGGCGCCCCUGCCAACGGACAGGUGGAGCAGCCAUCCUGGCCCUGUGAUCCCGAGCGCACCAUCAUUCUGCACAAGCCCGCCGAGAACCUUAUUGUGUCCUACGGAUCCGGCUACGGCGGCAACUCGCUGCUGGGCAAGAAGUGCUUCGCCCUGAGGAUUGGCAGCACCAUUGCCAAGCGGGAGGGCUGGCUGGCCGAGCACAUGUUGAUCCUGGGCAUCACCGAUCCCAAGGGCGAGAAGAAGUACAUCACUGCCGCCUUUCCGUCGGCCUGUGGCAAGACCAACCUGGCCAUGCUGAAUCCCUCGUUGGCCAACUACAAGGUGGAAUGCGUGGGCGACGACAUCGCCUGGAUGAAGUUUGACUCGCAGGGAGUGUUGCGUGCCAUUAACCCGGAAAAUGGAUUCUUUGGCGUGGCUCCCGGAACCUCGAUGGAGACCAAUCCCAUUGCCAUGAACACUGUGUUCAAGGACACCAUCUUCACGAACGUGGCCUCCACCUCUGAUGGCGGUGUCUUCUGGGAAGGCAUGGAGAGCAGUCUGGCCCCCAAUGUCCAGAUCACCGACUGGCUGGGCAAGCCCUGGACCAAGGAUUCCGGCAAGCCCGCUGCGCAUCCCAACUCCCGCUUCUGCACCCCGGCCGCCCAGUGCCCGAUUAUCGAUGGAGACUGGGAAGAUCCAGCGGGAGUGCCCAUCUCCGCCAUGCUCUUCGGAGGUCGUCGGCCCGCCGGAGUGCCCCUAAUCUAUGAGGCUCGGGACUGGACCCACGGAGUCUUUAUUGGAGCAGCCAUGAAGAGUGAGGCCACUGCUGCCGCCGAGCACAAGGGCAAGGUGAUCAUGCACGAUCCGUUCGCCAUGAGGCCGUUCUUUGGCUACAACUUUGGCGACUACGUGGCCCACUGGCUGAGCAUGGAGAAGCGUGGCCAGGUGCCCCAGAUCUUCCACGUCAACUGGUUCCGCAAGAGCGCCGAGGGCAAGUUCAUGUGGCCCGGAUACGGCGAGAACUCCCGUGUGCUCGACUGGAUCCUGCGCAGGGUCAAUGGCGAAGCCUGCUACGUGGACUCCGCCAUUGGACACAUUCCCGCCGAGGGCGCCCUCAACCUCGAUGGCAUGAAGGACAAGGUGGACCAGGAGGAGCUCUUCUCGCUGCCCAAGGAGUUCUGGUCGCAGGAGGUCAAGGAGAUCCGCACCUACUUCGAGUCUCAAGUGGGCGCCGAUCUUCCGGCCAGCAUUUACCAGCAGCUGGACGAGCUGUCUGCCCGCGUAGCCAACUUGUAAGAAGGAUCAAUGAGGAGCGUCCCAUCUAAAGCAUCUUUACCUGCCCACACACCCACACACACACACCUGCUCACCCACUGUGCUAUCCCGUACUGACCCCAUAUACUCACCAACCCAGCUUGAUAUCCUGUCCUAUGCCCCAAUAUCCUUUAGUCGUUUCUCUAGUUCUUAAGCCGAAGACUUCCAACUAUUUAUUAUAUAAGCAGCCAUAAGAUUAGCAAGUAGUGCCAAACAAACAACAAAUAUGAAAAAAUAAAACAACACGAUUUUAUAACCUA